AUGGAUAGUGAGUAUUUGGAAAAGCUAAAACCUUUCCACGAGGGCAUUCCCCCACAGAAUCCGGAACUCGACAAGUCGCGUUAUUUGUUAUCAGAUCAACAGAGGCAAAAAUUCGAUAUUGAGAGCACUAUCAAACGGUUUCAGCAUUUACUGAACUUAAGCGGUUUAUUCAGACACUUUAUAGAACGGAGGGCUGCUAAAGACGAAAGAUUCAAGCAGGUACUGGAAAUCCUGGAUGACCCGUCAUCUAAGAAAGGCGCCAACUCUAAAGCUCACCAGGAUAAACGUAGAAGGAAAACCGAAACGGAAGAAGAUGCUGAGCUUUUGAAGAACGAAGAAGAUGAAGGAGAAGAGGAAAUCGAAUUCCAGUUCAGAGAGUCCCCUGCGUAUAUCAACGGUGCACUAAGACCAUACCAAGUCCAAGGUUUGAAUUGGCUAGUGUCACUUCACAGAAACAACUUGGCAGGCAUAUUAGCAGAUGAAAUGGGGCUGGGGAAAACACUCCAAACAAUUUCAUUUUUGGGCUAUUUGCGCUACGUAGAAAAAAAACGAGGCCCCUUCCUAGUAAUUGCGCCCAAAUCAACUUUAAACAAUUGGCUGAGAGAGAUCAACAGAUGGACUCCAGAAGUCAAUGCAUUCAUUCUACAAGGCGAUAAAGAGGAGAGAGCGAAGCUAGUGUCAGAAAAGUUACUUUCCUGUGAUUUUGAUAUCGCGAUUGCCUCCUAUGAGAUAAUUAUCAGGGAAAAAUCCGCUUUCAAGAAGAUUGAUUGGGAGUACAUUAUCAUCGAUGAGGCCCAUAGAAUAAAGAAUGAAGAGUCUAUGCUUUCACAGGUCUUAAGAGAGUUUUCAUCGCGUAAUAGAUUACUGAUAACCGGUACUCCUUUACAAAAUAAUCUACAUGAACUUUGGGCUCUUCUAAACUUUUUGCUUCCAGAUGUAUUUUCUGAUUCCCAAGCAUUUGAUGAUUGGUUUUCAUCAGAAACUAGUGAAGAAGACAAAGAGAAUGUGGUAAAGCAAUUGCAUACCGUUUUACAACCUUUCUUAUUACGCAGGAUAAAAAAUGACGUUGAAAAGUCUCUGCUUCCAAAGAAGGAAUUGAAUUUAUACGUUGGUAUGUCAAACAUGCAGAGAAAAUGGUACAAACAGAUUUUAGAGAAAGACUUAGAUGCGGUGAAUGGUGUAAAUGGUAACAAGGAGUCUAAGACGAGAUUGCUCAAUAUUAUGAUGCAGUUGAGAAAGUGUUGUAACCAUCCAUAUCUAUUUGAUGGGGCCGAACCUGGUCCACCAUAUACGACUGACGAGCAUCUCAUCUACAACUCUGCUAAACUGAAAGUUCUAGACAGACUCCUUAAGAAAGUGAAAGAAGAAGGCUCUCGUGUUCUUAUCUUCAGUCAGAUGUCAAGAGUUCUUGACAUUAUGGAAGAUUACUGUUAUUUCAGAAAUUAUGACUAUUGUAGAAUCGAUGGUUCAACUGCACAUGAGGAUAGAAUUGAGGCAAUUGACGAAUUUAAUGCACCAGAUUCCAAGAAAUUCAUCUUUCUCUUGACAACACGUGCCGGUGGUCUAGGUAUCAACUUGACAACAGCAGAUGUGGUGGUAUUAUAUGAUUCAGAUUGGAAUCCACAAGCUGAUCUACAAGCAAUGGAUAGAGCACACAGAAUUGGGCAGAAGAAGCAAGUAAAAGUUUUCCGCCUAGUGACGGACAACUCAGUCGAGGAGAAGAUUCUGGAAAGAGCUACUCAAAAAUUGAGAUUGGAUCAGUUAGUUAUUCAGCAAGGAAGAUCGCCACUCAAUACUAAAGAAUCCAAAAAGGGUGACUCUAAAGAGGGUUUACUUUCAAUGAUUCAACACGGCGCGGUGGAUGUCUUCAACACGUCCAGUACAGCUUCGAGCAGCAAAGGGACACCACAGCCAGAAGAUGCUCGUGAUAAAGAUGAUGACAUUGAUUUAGAUUCAUUACUGGCAAUGUCUGAGGGGAAGACGCAGUCCUUAAACCAAAAAUACGCAGCAUUGGGGUUAGAUGACCUACAAAAAUUCAAUCAAGAUUCGGCUUAUGAGUGGAACGGUCAAGAUUUCAAAAAAAAAUCUGGAAAGGAAAUCAUUAGUCCGAUAUGGAUCAAUCCAACUAAACGUGAACGUAAGGAAAAUUAUUCCAUCGAUGGCUAUUACAAAGAUGUUUUAAAUACAGGUCGCUCAUCCACCCCUGCGCAGCCAAAAAUGCCAAAACCUCAACCUUUCAAUAGUCAUCAGUUGCUAUCUCCUCAGCUUAAGGUUCUUUAUGAGAAAGAAAGAAUGUGGGCAACUAAGAAGUCUAAUUAUGUGCCUACCAUGGAAGAUGUUAAAACGACAUAUGGUGAAAUUGAAGAUGAAGAAGAGAAAAAAGCUAGAUUAGAGAUGCUCACUUUAGCAGUUGCUAACGCACAACCAUUGACAGAAGAGGAACAGAAAUUGAAAAUUGAAUUAGAAGCGGAAGGAUUCACCAACUGGAACAAAGUUGAUUUCAGAAAAUUCAUAAGCGCUUCAGGAAAAUACGGCAGGAACUCAAUUAAGGCAAUAGCCCUGGAAAUGGCCCCCCAAAAGACUGAAGAUGAAGUUCGUGAGUAUGCGAAAGCAUUUUGGGCAAACAUUCAGAAAGUUGAUGAUUACGAAAAGUACUUGAAAAGUAUUGAAACAGAGGAGGAAAGAGUGAGACGAGUUAAACUGCAACAGGAGGCGUUGAGACGGAAAAUAGCCAUGUGCACGAACCCUCUAUUUGAUUUAAACUUGAAAUAUCCCCCCUCUAACAAUAACAAGCGCGUAUUUUCUGAGGAAGAAGAUCGAUUUCUGCUGAUAAUGCUGUUCAAAUAUGGGAUAGAUAGAGAAAAUGUCUAUGAACUGAUCAGAGAUGAAAUUAGAGACUCACCGCUUUUUGAAAUGGACUUUUUUUUCCAAAGUCGGACUCCAAUUGAGCUCAAUCGAAGAGCCAUAACUCUCUUACAAUGCCUUGAAAAGGAAUUCAAUGUCGGCAUUGUACUUGAUGAUCAAGUAAAGCAGAGAAUUGCUGAAGAAGAUCAGGCUGGCACAGCUAUGCGCAAACAAGAGGAAGAGGCUCUCAAAAGAGAAAGAGAAGAGGACGAUAAAGCUGUAGCGGAAGAGGUGGAUGUCUCCAAAAAAAUCAAAGUCGAGUAA